AUGAUGAACAGCAGGAUACUGGAUCCACCGCAUGCCCAGUUUGGAGGCUCUCUCGGUGGGAUGGUGAGCUUUCCGUACCACCUAAGCCACCAUCAUGUGUACGAAUUAGCCGGUCAUCAACUUCAAUCUGCGGCCGCGGUUCCUUUCUCGAUAGACGGAUUACUAAACGGCUCCUGCUCCGCAUCUGUGGUUAAUUCCAACCCCCUCUUGUCGUCUGGCUGCGGCAUGAAUGGAGAUAACCAACAGUACAAACUCACAGAUUCGGUGGAUCCAGAAAAGGAUAGCCCGGGUUGUAAAAGAAGACGAACUCGUACCAAUUUCACUGGCUGGCAGCUGGAAGAAUUAGAGAAGGCUUUUAAUGAAAGUCACUAUCCAGAUGUGUUCAUGAGGGAAGCACUUGCUCUGAGAUUGGAUUUGAUAGAAUCGAGGGUGCAGGUAUGGUUUCAGAACCGCAGGGCAAAAUGGAGAAAAAAGGAGAACACGAAAAAAGGGCCCGGGCGACCUGCACACAACUCUCACCCGACGACCUGCAGUGGCGAACCCAUGGACCCAGAGGAAAUUGCCCGCAGAGAACUGGAGAGGAUGGAGAAAAAGAAACGCAAACAGGAAAGACGGCUUUUAAAGUCCCAGAAUAAACUGCUAGCGGGGGACUUAUUUCACACCCCAGGAUCUGACAGUGACAGUGGCUUGUCACAAGUUACGGACAAUGAACAAAGUGUCCAUUUCGACAUGGGCCGAAACCAAACGCAACCAAUCUGUGACCAAACACCACAGAAACUCCAGAACCAAAGAAACACAGACCAAGACGCGAGUGGAUCCGAGCUGGACUCGUCCGACAGCGGUCAGCAGUCAAACCUGUGCUCCAACAGUAGGUCUUCCACCCUUCAAAAACUCAAUCCUUUCAGUGUGGAAAGUCUUCUGUCGGACUCCAGGCCCAGGCGCAAACCGUCCAUGGACUUCCCAGUACCCGCUCCACGGCCUUUGAUAGGCAAAGGACAUUUUUUACUCUACCCUAUUACACAACCGCUAGGUUUUAUUGUUCCUCAGACUGCUUUGAAAAUAACGCCAGGCCCUGAUACCGACAAUGGCCAGAAAGUCCCAGCUACUGACAAUAUAUUUGCUGGAAACCCAGGGCACAGGGACACCAAGGAGAACUACAAUGUAAACAACAACACCGGCGCGCCAGCAGUCAAAGGCCAGGUCAGUCAGUCGGGCAGCACAACGUGUUCACCACAGAGCAGUCCACUACAGACUACAUUUAAUGGCCACUCCGCGGGCAGCUGUAUCGAAAGAUGCUCACAAGACAUAGCGUUAGACCUCGCCGAUCCAAAGUCUCCACAGUCGGAGAAAAAGGAGCAAUCGUUACCCGACUAUCCACCACAAAAUUCAGAAUCAACGACAACCAACAAGGACACCGACAAAGACUCAGUUGAUGUCGAUAUGGAAUAA